UAGCGUUUACGGACAGUGGAUGUGGCAGCGGAGGAGGACGGGAAGCAGGAACCGAAGAGGGGAGAAGUGUCUAUAAUGAGACCGCUGCUACAGUGCUGUGCUUUCGGGUGUUCGGUCACACAUUUCCGUGCACUUCCCGCUUUUCGUAACAAAUCCGUCACACAAGCAGCAGCUGCAUUUCAACUGCAUUUGAGAAAAACGAUGCACUAUCAAACUGAGGAGAGAGGACACCCGAAUUCUCCUGACUACCGGAUUUAUUUUAAAAACUCUGGAGGGAAAUACAUUUCACCAUUCCAUGAUAUUCCACUCAUAGCAGAGACAGAACAAGACAAUGAUGUACCAGCUAAAAAGCCCAAGAAGCCUGAGAGUGAGCUGCUCUUUAACAUGGUGGUGGAGGUUCCUCGAUGGUCAAAUGCUAAAAUGGAGAUUGCAACAAAGGAACCUCUAAACCCCAUCAAACAAGACGUAAAGAAAGGCAAGCUCCGAUACGUUGCCAACAUAUUUCCUCAUAAAGGUUAUAUCUGGAACUAUGGAGCACUCCCACAGACAUGGGAGGACCCCAACCACACAGACAAAGACACGAAGUGUUGUGGUGAUAACGACCCUAUUGACGUUUGUGACAUCGGCACCCAGGUGUGUUAUCCAGGUCAGGUGAUCCAGGUGAAAGUGCUCGGCAUCUUGGCUAUGAUCGAUGAGGGAGAGAUGGACUGGAAGGUCAUUGCUAUCAAUGCUGAGGACCCAGAUGCCAAAAACCUAAAUGGUAUUGAGGAUGUCCGCAAGAGUCGGCCAGGCCAUUUAGAAGCUACUGUCGACUGGUUUAGGAAAUAUAAAGUGCCUGAUGGAAAACCUGAGAACCAAUUUGGAUUCAAAGGACAAUUCAAAGACAAGGACUUUGCAGUUGAGAUCAUUAGGUCCACCCAUGAGCACUGGAGGGCACUAGUGCAGAGGCAGACUGAUGGUGGAGACAUUGAAUGCCAAAAUAUCUCCUGCUGUGAGAGCCCUUUCAAAUGCAGCAGCGAUAAGGCCAGGGAUGUGGUUCAGUCGGCCCCUGUGUUGGGGAGUGCAUAUCCUGUAUCUCCAGAUGUGGACAAGUGGCAUUUUGUCUGAGUGAUUCUGAAGCUCCUCAAGCCCAAACAGAACCCAUUAAUUUCAUGUGAAGAAGCCGUACAUCUACUGAUGCACCUUUUAUAUGCAGCUGCGUUCACGUUCUCAGCUGUGUGAAGUGCCAUCUACACUUACUAUUCAAUAAUGUCUGUAAACCAUUGGGUGUAUUAUUAGGCAGCCUGUUAAUUUGUCCAUUGAAACACUACUUUUGAGAGAAAUACAGGGUGGGGAAGCAAAAUUUACAAUGAACAUUUAGUUGUUUUUUCUCAGCAGGCACUACGUCAGUUGUUUUGAAACCAAACCUAUAUUGAUGUCAUAAUCAUACCUAACACUAUUAUCC